AUGCACCGGGCACCAAAAGUGCUUCCAGUGUUUGAUUUCCUCGCAGACACUUCGAAAAUGAGAGCCCAAAGUCUUUGGUCGUCGCUGCGGCCGCUCGUCUCAGCACCGACAACAAACACAUUCAGCAGCCAAAUACGAUGCCUGCACAAGACGCGGCCUCCCCCUACGAUUCCCAAGCCCCGGCCGUUUGUCCCCGACGUCGACACGUUCCUAAAGCUCAUUGGCCGCGGCCUGAGCCGGCACGCGAGCAAGUUCCCCUCUUGGGAGGCGCUCUUCACCAUGACCUCGCCGCAGCUCAAGGAGCUCGGCAUCGAGCCCCCGCGCGCGCGACGCUACUUGCUGCAGUGGAUGCAGCGCUACCGCAAGGGCGUCGUCGGCCCCGGUGGCGACUUCAAGUUUGUGCAGGACGGCGAGGCGCACCUCCGCGUCGCAACGCCGCCGGCGGGCGCCGCCACGGACGCGCGCUGGGUUGUCAACGUGCCCCACGGUGAGGGCGCUGGCCUGCAAAGCACGGGCGUCGAGACGCUUCCCCGACCAAAGGGCUACGCGGUCCGCGGUCUCAAGACGAUAGCCGGCAGCUACGCCACGGAGCUGCCAGGCAAGGGCGGCGCGGUGGUCAAAAUUACCGAGGGCAUGUGGGAGCAGAAGCAGGGUAGGAAGAUUGAUGGUGGUGAGCGCAGAAGGGCCGAGACGCGCUUCAAAAAGCGCUCAGCGGAGCGCCGUGCCGAGCGAGAGGCUGAACUGAUGAAGCACCUGUAA